AUUUAGGACCACACUUCACAUUACUUCAAUGGUAACGACAAACAGCUGAAGUGUUAGUACCUAGUUAGGUUUCGCAGGGGUUAUAUAUAUUUUAGUUUCGUAAGGUAAAUCCAAAACUGAUUUUUUAAGUCUGUGGUAGUUUAAUAUCAGGGCAGUACAUCGAAACGUCAUUGCAGUUCAGCAGCAUCACAACGAGGAAGUGAAAAAGAUUAAUUACGUAUAACUAGGAUUAUUUCAUUAGAGACAAAAAUACUAUUAAAGUGGAUAUAUGUUAUUUAUUUAUUAAAUACCGAAGUUCACAUGGUAGUUCAAGACUUCUGACAAUUAGUAAACAUUUUCAUAGAAGAAUUAAGCUAUUUCUGUGACAAAACACCCGGAAACCUUUAGCAUAGGAAGACAUCGUAAUAGAAGGAUCAAAGGAGACGCCUAUGCAUAAAUAGCCUGAAAUCCACGAAAUUCACAAACAAUGGCGAGAUCGAGUCAAUUCUUACUACUUCUUUGGAAGAAUUACCUGCUUCAAAAACGUCGGAUAUUAGUUACUGUUUUUGAAAUAGGAAUACCGACAUUUUUAACUAUAAUUCUCAUACUCAUCCGUCAACGUGUUGUGUCGGAAGAUGUUCCAAACCCCACAGAAUGGCAAAGUUUUGAUGUAGACAAACUUCCCAGUAAUCCUUUUCCUUUUGGAAAGUGGCAACUGGGGUUCACCCCCUCGGACCCGGAAGUGCAAUCCCUGAUGGAAAGAGUGGGAAGCAGACUUAAUUGUGAUGUACAAGGGUAUGGCACAGAGGAAUUGAUGGUGAGCCGACUCAACAACAUCAGUACCGGGUUGAACUACCUCUCGGGGAUCGUAUUUUCGUCCGGUGUAGCCUCACUCGGAGAUUCAAAUUCCAUUCGUUAUACCAUCAGAAUGAAGUCAUACAGACAAAGCACUGGAACAUUGAAUCUCGUCACAAAUAAUUGGUAUACGGAAUAUAAUUUCCCAGGGUUCCAGCGUGUCGGACCGAGAGAGCGAGGUAGAACGUAUGGGGGAUCACCAGGAUAUAUGCGAGAAGGCUUUCUCCCCCUUCAACAUGUCAUCGAUUCGGAAUUAAUCAGACAUAAAAACCCGAACGCCACACUUGAAGAAGAUUUGGAUAUUCAACUAAGACGUUUCCCUUACCCACCAUACAUAAAUGACGCGUUCGUUCUUGUUCUGCAACAGCAGUUCCCGUUUAUUAUAAUGUUGAGCUUUAUAUUCACCGCCCUUCAAGUUGUCAAGGAGGUCGUCCACGAAAAGGAAAAGAAACUAAAGGAAUCAAUGAAGAUGAUGGGGCUGAAUGGAUGGCUGCAUUGGGUUGCGUGGUUCACGAAAUACCUCAUAUUCCUUUUGAUAUCCGUUCUCCUUAUGACGUUCUUCUUCUGCAUACGUGUGGGCAAUGGGGCCGUUGUUGCGAACACCGAUCCCUCUCUCCUGUUCGUGUUUCUCUUGUUAUACUCGGUGACUACUAUCAUGUAUUGUUUCAUGAUCAGCACCUUCUUCUCAAAAGCAAACUCUGGAGCUGCAGCGGCAGGGAUCAUCUUCUACUCGACCUAUAUCCCCUAUAUGCCCAUAUCGAUGAAUUACGACACCCUCAACCUUGCCCAGAAGGUCGGGCCCAUGAUUUUCCACAACAUUGCAAUGGCUUACGGUGGGAGAGUCAUCGGAAUGUAUGAGGGCAUAGGCUCUGGUCUGCAAUGGCGUUAUUUCUUUACUCCUGUAUCAGUAGACGACAGUCUUACGAUGGCCCAUAUUUUCCUAAUGUUAAUAGUAGACGCUGUAUUAUACGGUUUAGUCACAUGGUACGUGGAGGGUGUGUUCCCCGGGGAAUACGGUAUACCACAGCCAUGGUAUUUUCCCUUCACGAGAAGUUAUUGGUGCGGGGCCAAGCAGCUGAAUGCAGUGGGGGAUGAUGACGAGGAAAUCAUGGGUGGAGGAUAUGGGCAAAACUCGGAGUACUUCGAAAAAGAACCAAUGCGUUUGAACCCUGGAAUAAAAAUACGGAAUCUCAGAAAGGAGUUUGGGCAGAAAACAGCUGUAGCAGGUAUGACCUUGAACAUGUAUGAAGGUCAGAUCACUGCGUUACUCGGGCACAACGGUGCUGGCAAGACGACGACCAUGUCUAUGUUGACAGGUUUUAUUCCUCCAACGUCAGGAACUGCUUUCGUUAACGGGUUCGACAUUCGCAAAGACAUCAGUCGUGUCAGAAGCAGCCUCGGUCUGUGCCCGCAACACGAUGUUCUAUUCGAUCUCCUCACGGUCGAGGAGCAUUUAACGUUCUUUGCUAAGCUGAAAGGUUACCCCUCUGAAAAGGUCCAAGGUGAAAUAGACUACAUCCUUAAAUGUGUUGGCCUCGAACCCAAACGUCACGCGCAGACGAGGACGCUCUCUGGCGGCAUGAAGAGAAAACUUUCUGUUGGAAUAGCGCUCAUAGGAGACUCAAAAGUCGUGAUCCUAGACGAGCCAACUUCCGGUAUGGACCCGGACGCAAGACGCGCAACCUGGGACAUUUUACAAAAGAACAGAGAAGGAAGAACUAUGGUACUGACUACACACUUCAUGGACGAAGCCGAUCUAUUAGGAGACAGGAUUGCAAUUAUGGCAGAGGGGGUCGUCCAGUGCGCUGGUAGUUCCCUCUAUCUGAAGAACAAAUAUGGUGUGGGAUACCACAUGGUAAUUGUCAAAGACCAGUCAUGUGACGUCAACAUGGUGACGGAAGUUGUCAAACGCCAUGUACCCGAGGCCGAGAUGGAGAGUAACAUCAGCGCCGAAUUGGCCUAUAUCCUACCCCACGAGAGCUCUCCGCAAUUCGAAGCACUCUUCACAGAGCUAGAGGACAACAGGUCAAAGCUGGGGAUAUCUAGUUUUGGAGCGUCUGUUACAACUAUGGAAGAGGUCUUCCUCAAGGUAGGGGAAAAUGCUAAUGAGGGAAAAUUUUCAGACCGUAUGAAAUCUGAUCCUGCUGUACCUACAUCUGCCGCUGAGCCUCCCCCUGAUUAUGACGCUGACAAUGGCAUAAAUGUGAUAUACGCAAACGGAAGUGGCAAACACAGUCCGGAUAAUACUGAUCUAAAUGGCAAACUUGGAAAUGGUUACACGGCAAAUGGAACAGCUAACCAGGGUAGAGUUAAUUAUGGAGCUACUCACGAUUACGACACUUGUAUAAGUAAAAACGAAAGUCAGAUACAGCUAUGUUCUUUGGAUAAUCAACGAUCAUCAAACAAAGUUUUCAGCAUACAAGUCCAAAGAAACACAGGGAUAGAUCUCUACUUUCAGCAAUUCUACGCAAUGUUUCUGAAACGCGUCCUCCACACUGCUCGAAACCUUCUCGUCACGGUCACCCAGAUGUUGGUUCCUGUCUUGUUCACAGUCAUCGCUCUAACAAUCCUUAGACUCCUUCCGAAGCUCGGAGACUCGGCCCCGCUGGUUCUCUCGCUGAAUAAGUUUUCUGAACAGAUUGUAGCGUACACUGGAGGACAGGGUCCUACGUCUUUGACAGCCGGUUUGGCAAGCGUCUAUGGAAAAGGAGUAGCGGGUAUUGCCCAGCAGGCAAUAAAUAUCGAUAAAGCUGGAAACAUAUCAAUGCAGGAGUACCUGAUUCAACAAGGGACAAGUGAUUUAACAGAGUACAACCGAAGACAAAUGAUCGCGGCUACAUUUGACUCCACCAAUGCUAGUAGAAUCAACCGUACAGCGAAGGCGAUCGGACAUUUCAACAACCAAGCUUACCACACGCCAGCUAUCACCCUCACAGUUUUAGAUAAUGCGCUGCUAAACUACUACACAAACUCUACUAAUAUGGAUAUUCAGACAACCAAUCACCCAUUACCACGAACCGUAACCGAGCAGAUUAAUGAUUCAUUCGCUGGCGCCUUGAUAGGAUUCACGAUAUCCAUCUGCGUCAUGUUCGGAACUUCAUUCCUUGUCAGUACGUUCGUUGUUUUCAUCAUCAAAGAACGAUCGGUUAAAUCCAAGCAUAUCCAGUUCGCAAGCGGAGUUCACACCAUAAACUUUUGGCUCAGUACGUUCUGUUGGGAUAUCUUCAAUUAUCUUAUCCCCUGCCUUCUUCUGUUGAUCGUUUUUGCUGGAUUUGACGUCAAGGCGUACAUAGCGGAAACCAAUGCUGGAUAUGUUGUACUUAUUUUUCUGCUUUACGGCUGGGCUAUUCUACCUAUGAUGUACUUGCUGUCGUUUAUGUUCGAAGUACCGUCGUCAGGGUUCGUCGCCAUGGUGAUUUGGAAUAUAUUGUCAGGUACAGCAACCGUCCUCGCCGUUAUCAUUCUAAAGAUCCCUGCUUUGGAGUCGGUUGACGUCGCAAAUGUUCUGGAAUGGGUGUUUCUUAUUCUCCUACCAAACUAUGCACUCGGACAGUCACUUAUUGAUUUCUACGCAAAUUAUGACGCAAAAUCAAUUUGCUUGAAUCCUGACUGGAACUUGGACGAACUAUGUCCACUUUUGCCUGUAAACGCAACAAACCCGUGCUGUAGAAAUAAAUGUGGUAACAACUGUGCAGUAUGGGAGGAUAACUACCUCUCGUGGAACGUCCCUGGGAUUGGUCGAUAUAUGAUCUUCAUGGCCGUACAGGGCCUCGUUUUCAGUGCAUUGAUUUUCCUUAUCGAAUCAGAUGUUCUAAAAUCUUUCUGGUACUCUGCUAUGUCAUACGGCACUAAACCAGCUGACCAAUCAGAAUCGCAUGUCUCUAUAGUUGAACGCCAAACCAGCCAAUCACAUAUCCAGGAAGAUGAUGACGUAGUAAAAGAGCGGGAAAGGGUUUUGAAUACAUCUAUUUCCGACCUGAUGCAAACUGAUUCAUUGAUUCUGAAAGAUUUAAGGAAAAGCUAUGGAUCGUUUGUAGCGGUAGAAAAUACAUGUGUCGGAAUUCCUCAGGCGGAGACGUUCGGUUUGCUGGGUGUAAAUGGCGCUGGAAAAACAACAACGUUCAAGAUGAUGACGGGCGAUGAGACGAUAACUCGAGGUAACGCAUAUGUGAAUGGCUUCGGAGUGCGGACGAAUAUCAAAGAGGUCCAGCAAAGGCUUGGCUACUGCCCCCAAUUCGACGCAUUAAUCGAUCAGAUGACAGUUACUGAAACGCUGUUCAUGUAUGCUAGACUUCGCGGAGUAGUUGAAAAUCAAAUACCGACUAUUGCAAAGGACAUCAUGGACACAUUGUUGUUGCAAGAUCACGCUAAUAAACUUGCCAAAGAUUUAAGUGGUGGAAACAAAAGGAAGUUAAGUACAGGAAUAGCUCUUAUAGGAGACCCACCUAUAGUCUUCCUGGACGAGCCAACCACAGGAAUGGACCCUGUUGCUAGGCGACUGUUGUGGGACACACUGUCCAAAGUUAGAGAGAGUGGAAGAACACUUGUACUCACGUCCCAUAGCAUGGAAGAAUGUGAGGCACUAUGUACGAGAAUCGCUAUCAUGGUGAACGGAGUCUUCAAAUGUCUCGGUAGCCCCCAACAUCUUAAGAAUAAAUUUGGAGAGGGAUAUACCCUUAUGGCUAAAGUAGGUCACACUGAGAGUCAUAGCGACUCUACCGCUGAAGCUUUGAUGAAUUUCAUAGAGGGACGAUUCCCGGGAAGCGUAUUAAAAGAUGAGCACCAGGGCUACGUACAUUAUCAGAUAUUAGGCAGUGAUGAACUAACAUGGGCCAGAAUUUUUGGUAUUAUGGAGCGAGCGAAAAAGGAUUAUAACAUUGAAGAUUAUAGCGUUAGUCAAACGACGUUAGAUCAAGUGUUCAUUAAUUUCGCAAGAGCACAAGUCCCUCCGAGAGAGACGGACGUUGGAACUUGUAACAAAUGUGGUAUGCUGUGCAAGUUCUGCUUUUGCUGCGGAUGUUGCACUGACGCACAUAGGGAGUAGAAAACCAGUGAAAUGGACUAAGGGCUUUUUAUGUCACCGCCAAGUCAGUGGUGAAAUAUUGUUUAGCUACUGUAACAGUUUCAGAUUGUGAUCCAUGUCGAUGAUUAGCGGUUUGUGUCAUUUUGUAACAUUAUCACUUGCAUUAAAUCUGUAGUUUCAGUUUUGAGCUCUACUUUUAAUACAUUUGCUAACUAAUGUUUUGAACGAAGGCAUUUAGGAGGACAUGUAUACGUAUUCACCAAGUUAAAUCCCGAUUCAUCAAGAAGUUGACCGAACCUCAGACAGUAGAAUGUAGCGAUUGGUCGAGGAAAGCGAUGUUGAUCAAAUAAAGGAAUAUUGCAAAAAUGAAAUUUAUUGAAAUAUAUAUCAAAACGUAAUAUAUACAAUGUAUGUAUGGCAAAGUAUGUAUAUAUUAAUUUAAAGUUGUAAUAUAUUUAUACAUGAUACAUUCCAAAUAUAUACUGGCCUCAGUCACAUUUGAUCUACCGUAACCGUACGGCGGCCAAUGGCUUCCCAAAAUUGAGAGAUAUUUGUAGCAUAAAAUAUAGGGAUAGGCAGAACGAUGUCGAUUUUCUAUAUCAACAUUGUGAAUCUACGGCCGCCGUACGCCCGCCGUUGUCAAAUGUGACCGAAGCUUUAAACUCUACACAA